GUUAGGUGCAAUCGUUGUAUUCAGUUUUAGAGCCAGCCGGGUAUACGUGAGAUACGUAUAAAGCAGGGGAGUAUCCAGCCGGAGGCGAGAUGCCGAGAUGGUGUCGUGCGAUGCAACAUGAAUGGCGAGACGAAGCUGUGGUACAAGAGCUGAAGACAACAUGCUGAAUAGGAAGUAGCUGGGCGAUCUGGUCAAGCUCGUGUUAGCCAUUUGCAUGUGCAUGUAGUGGCCUGAGUGAAUCGGUCAUAUGCAUGUAAUUAGCCUGUGGAGUGCAUGCGUGGGUUAUCUUGCUGGUGGCCUUGUGAAGAGGUCAAGUUAGUUAGUGGAUUAGUGGAGUAGUGGAGUAGUGGGUACGGUAGUGGACUAGUGGCGUGAGUUGCAUGGCAACGGUGCCAAACCUCUUGUAUAUAUACUGCAUUGAGUUAAUGAGAAAGGCAACGGUGGAAGAAACAAUGUAGCAUAUUUUGUCCUAGGGGAAGUGCCUCUCGGCAAAGCAAGUAGUGCUUCUCCUUAAGUGUGUGUGCGUGUGUUCUAGAGAAAGAAGCAGAUAGAUAGUUUGUGAGUGAGAGAGAAGUUGAGUGUUGAGAGAUGAGAGGUAGAAGAUGAAGAUAGGAGCUGCGAGAUGCAGCUCCAACACGCUACAGCGCUCGCCUCUGCCUCCGUUUCCCUGACGCGCGGUUUGCGCAACGUCGCUCCCUGGACAGAUCUCCUCCGCCAACGAAGGUCGACGUUCCAGGCGUUCUCGUCUCCGUCCGCUGCACCGAAGUCAGCUAACGUCGCCAUCACACCCUGCUGCUACCUCCGUUUGGAGCUGCUCGCCGGCGAGCGUAACGCCGCGUCCCUGCAUCUGCGAUGCCUUCGUGCAUGGCCAAGCCUCUCAGGCUUGGAAGCCAUCAAGUGCAGCACGUCUCCAUCUUUGAUACGAUCCAAUCAGCAGCGUAUAUGGUAUCUGUGCUUGUUUAAACAAACCUUGCUCCUCUUCGGUGAGAAAACCGGCACCAGCGUCGCCACAUCAGUCAGCAUCUCCCUGGCCCGCUUGUCAGCCCCUUGGGCUAGCUCUCUCGUCGCAUUUGUUCUUCCCGGAUAGGAUCGCGAAGUGGUGUUGUGAGAUACGACAAGUCCUCCGGAUGUUCCUCGGCAAGCUAUAACAGGCAAGCAUUUCCCCUAUGCCCCUGCAGAAGUCGCUCACCUAUUUUAUUUUGCCUUCUCCCUCAUGCUAUCCUUAAGUUGCGUUCUUGUCACGUGUCCCUUCCACUUGUUACCUCAAGCAGCCUAUAUUGCCUCCACCAACCUCCUACAGCUGUUGUUUGGUUAUCGGGUCUGCCUUGCGAGUCGUAGUGCAUGCUAGUGCUGUUUUAUCUCGUUACCGUUAUUGUUAUCUUAUCGGGUCAUAUGUUGGGAAGAAUCAUGGUUACUUUAGUUGUUGAUAAUUGUUUAGCGGAGGCAUCGGUGGGUCAGCUGCUCGUUUUGUGACGGCUCACUUGUGUUUCCUAAAUAUCUUAGGACCCCGAGUUCUUGUUAUCUGUUCCGAGACUGAGCGCUCUAACCACACGUGGGUAUGUUUCUGGGUCUCCCCUCGAACACUGCCGGAAUCUACAGCUUUGUCCAGUGGCCACAACUAGUUUCGUAAUGUUUUACCAUUUGUUGUUGCGUGCAUGCCAGCAUGUUACUUAUUUACUUUGGGAAGCCCCUGGGUGCCUUGUAUCCCUUGUUUCUGGUAUGCACGUAUAGGUCGUGGAGCCUCUGCGAAGUGGUUUAUCGCCCCAGUGUGUGUUUAAACCACCUAGCACGUUGACACACAUAGCUAAGUCCGCUUCGGAGAUACGGCCGGACUUCGAUACGGGUUCAACUUAGUUAGGUGGCUUCCUGGACAUUGUUGUCGUGAAGGAGAGUGCGAGUCGUUAUAUCCACCUGUCGCAAGUGGGUUGAUCGUGCGUGUGAGCACAUUUGGGCACCCCUGCAGGGUUAAAUCUUAUCGAUAAGCCGUGUCCGCGGUUAUGGACGACUUGGAGCUGUAUGAUUCGACCAUAGACAACUUGCACCUGUUAUUUCAAUACUAAUAACUUGCAUAGUAAGAUAGAACAACUUAAAUAAUAACUGGUUAAAACUUGACAACCGUGCGAGUGCCUUUGUAAGUACUUCCUUGCGAGGGGGGAACGCAUCGGCUGUGUUAUGUUUGCAGAGUAUAGAACUGUAGUUUAUGCGCUUUCUCACCUUCUCUGAUAGACGAAUGUUGUAGAGUGUCUCUAUAGGUUUUCUAGUGCUUGCGCGCUGCCGCUUAACCCCACCAUAUUGCCUAUGACGUUCCUCUUGCGUCCUCUAAGUCCCCUGCGUGCCUCAAGUACAAAGGAUGACUGGUUGACGAAUGCUUAUACGUCUUGAAGUCUUGUUAAGUACGAACCCGUACUUAUUGCUGCUUCUACGGGAUAUAACCGGGCAGGUAUGAAGACCAGUACGAUGAAGACGACGUUAGCAAGGUUACCCUUCCGGCUUGACCUGGGCAGGGUUAUGGACGCCAUCGUUUAUCUUUAGGACUCUUAGUCCAAUUUGUAUCUUGUCCGUACUCGGAUGUAUUUGAUCUUCUGUAGGAUUUGGAUCUUUGUAUGUACCUAUUUGUAUCUUGACUCGUUGGAGUCGUUGUUGUAAUAUAUAUAUGUCUCUUGUGGGCUCUA